UGUUGCUUUUACCUGACACAGUGUGCAGCAGUCAGAACCCAACAGCCACCAAUAUAAACCCCUCCACAGUACACUGUUGCACCUUCAGUGCCAGUGUCUUUAAUUGCCACUUGCCAAGGGAAUUCACCCUAUUAAAAUGACAGAAACCCAAAUAAUAAGAAAUUAUCAUUGUGCUAUUUUUUGUGCAUAAAGGGAAACACCAUAUCACUUCAUCUCCGUGACAAAAUCUAUUAAGAAAUUAUCUGUAAUUUGGGCUCUGAUACAAAGGCUCUGUAUUCUAAACUACGGUAACUUUUUUGUUUUCUGACAUUAUGCAGUGUCUCCCUUCCUCCAGCUUUCUGUCAAGAAAAUCCUGAAAAAAAAUAGAUGGAAGAUCUGAUCUGAUCAUUCACCUGGUAUGAUUUUCACUAUUACUGGUCACUCACAAACUAUACUCUUCAAAAAUCAGCUCAAGUGUGCAACAGAAGAUGAUAAACAUUUCAAGCCAGUGGUUUAUAGCACACCACAACAAUGGAACCACUGCAAGAAGUGCUCCUGAUCCUUCCAUCUGACUGACUGUCUCUAGGAUGGCUGCUUUUCCGGCGCGUGACGAUGAGGUCAUCAGGCGGCGCUUGUAUGGACGCUAGGAGGCAGUAGAGAAUGUCUUUUCGUGGAAGAGGAGGUGGUGGCGGAGGACGAGGAGGUGGUGGAGGAGGAAGAGGAGGAGGCGGCUUUAAUCGUGGAGGAAGUGGUGGUGACAGAGGUGGCUUUAAUCGUGGUGGGCGAGGUGGCUUUGGACGGGGAGGUGGACGAGGAGGCUUCAACAGAGGCGGAUAUGACCAGGGCCCUCCAGAGAGGGUAGUUUUACUGGGAGAGUUCAUGCAUCCGUGUGAAGAUGAUCUUGUUUGUAAAUGUAAAACAGAAGAAAACAAAGUUCCAUAUUUCAAUGCACCAGUGUACUUGGAUAAUAAGGAACAGAUUGGCAAAGUGGAUGAAAUUUUUGGGCAGCUACGAGACUUCUAUUUUUCAGUGAAACUGUCUGAGAACAUGAAAGCUUCUUCAUUCAAAAAAAUGCAAAAGUUUUACAUUGAUCCAGCAAAGCUGCUACCCCUUCAGAGAUUUUUACCAAGGCCUCCUGGAGAAAAAGGUGCUCCUCGAGGAGGUGGUAGAGGAGGACGUGGUGGAGGACGUGGAGGAGGAAGGGGUGGUGGUAGAGGAGGAUUUGGAGGAGGAAGAGGUGGAGGAAGAGGAGGAGGAGGAGGAUUUAGAGGUGGAGGAAGAGGAGGAGGAGGAUUCAGAGGAGGAAGAGGUGGUGGAGGAGGUUUUAGAGGGAGAGGACAUUAAAAAUGGAGCAAUGAGAAUCUUCCUGCUGACUUACCAUGUUACCUGCAGAAGUGAAGAGCAAGGAAAAAAGUUAUAAAAGACCAUGAAAAAGUUGUUUGUAAAGAACUGGAAGCUAUGAAAUGACAGUUAACAACUGUCAACAACCGCGGACAAAGUGUGUAGCCCUUGGUGAAGAAUGAAAGACUGCUCAGAACAUACUUGAACUUUUUUAACUAAGACAGAGUUCGUUGUUAUUCUUAAAUUGUUUGUUUCUGGCAAAUGACUUAGUCAGUGCUUGACUUCAUGUUGGAGUCUGGAGUAAACAAUCAACUGAAACUUUUUUUUUUUAAGAAAAGCCCCCUUGGGUUCACUGCAUGCACAUCUGUCAGUAUGAACUUGUUACCUCUGUGUGAUUUGGAUAAGAUCCCUUGUUCUCAUUGUUUUAUAUGGAGUCUUUUGGGUCACCCUAAAAAGGAGAUGUGAUUUAAAUAACCGUUAUGGACCAUUUUUUACAAACUAAACUUCAGGGUUUUUUUUUUUUUUUGUGGUUAGAACUUUUUUAAUGCGUAAAAACAAAUAUGAGGAAAGGAAGAUAGCAAAUAAUAUUUUGUAGAUUUUUCUCUCUGAAUCUUAAUGAAAGCAAAGGCAUUAAGAUACACUCUUAGAAGAUAUUAUCUGAUGAGUAAUACAGACUUAAUUCCAUUCAUAGGUCACCUAAUUGUAUCUAAUUUCACUGAUAAUAAAGUUGCUAAGAAUUUUUAA